AUGAAAAGAACAAUUGCGCGCCAUGGAAUUAGUUUUGUACGGUUCAAUAGCUUGAAAGCCGGUUACUCGUCAAAUACAAAGAUAGGUUCAAGGAUUACUACUGACCAUGAAGUGGAUCAGCUUAUUAAUAAGAAAAGCUGGGACAUACGAGAAUACGUACCUACUUCAUUAGAUACAGAAUUACUUCCACCUAAAGAAACGGUGAUUAAAUUGCUCAAGAUAUCUGGGCUUCCAGCUAAGAACAUUGAACAAACUCGAGUAAGGUUAGCAAACCAACUUUCAUUCAUUAAUAUUUUACACGGAUUACCAGUAGAUGAGAGCAUAAAUCCAAACCACGCUCGGAUUAUGGACCGGAAACCUAAAGCAUUGGACUACAAAAGUCUGCUGCAAAGAAUUGAGAAGCAAGAAAAGUCCGAGGAGCUUGGCGAAAUUAGUGGUUCAUGGGACUCAACUCAGCAGGCUAAGUUGACGAAAGAUAGGUUUUUCAUAUUGAGGGAAGGGCUUUUGAGAAACAGAGAGUGA